AUGCAGAAAGGAAGAUUUUUGAGGCCCUCGGACCCAAGAUCUGACAGCUAUGAAUCGCGCAUCAAGCACCUGGAGGGUGUUGUACAGCUCCUGCUAAUAAGAACAGAACCUCAUCGGUUCCCCCUUGCCUCCUCAGCUCCCCUAGCCGGAUCGUUCCGAUAUUCGAAGGACCGAGGCCUCGUACCGUUAUUAUCCCACACAACGGGGAUGUCCCUAGCAGCCGACUGGAAAAAAGAAUGCCCAAGCGGACUUAUCCCCCUGAACAGUCAACCUCGUCGACAUACCUUCAGAACUUCUUGCAAGCCCCCAAGCCCUCGAACUCAAGCAGCUGCCACCCAAUGCUCAAAGGUGUCAUUGUUGCCGGUGUCGUUGCCAUCGAUGUCGUCGGCGAUCUCUAAAUCACAUUCCGAUAGCAAACUCCCUCCUCUCCAGGCCACUGUCAACCCAACAGGGGUCUCAGCGUCACCCACCUCCGAUACGGCGAACAAGCCAACCAGCUACUCCCAUCUUGAUAGCCCAUACUCUCCACUGGCCUCUGUGCGGGUUUUAGAUGAAAGACCGGCCAAUACCACCUCGUUUUUGCCAGAAGAAACACCGUCUCCUCCUCCAACACCACCGUACUUGCCAUCAACUUACCCAUCAAUCACCCAGGGUUCAUCUCCGCACUCAGCUAGAUCUUCAUCACCGGUGUUGUCGCCAGGAGGAUCUCUGACAGUCUGUGAACCCUCUGGACAACCGUCUUCAACACCAACUCCCUUGCCCCUACCUAAAUUCUUGGAUUCAAACUCUACCUCAUCUUUGCUACCAUCGCGAUCGCCAACCUGCUCAACUAUCAACUCACCGCUGUCGGUUCCUUCAACGACUAUCACCACUCAACCAGCUACCCUGCCCAACUCAUACUCUCAAAUCAGCUCCUCACCCAUAGUUGCCGCUCAUGGGCCUAGUACUACGACCGUUGUCAAACCGCAGGACACGUUGUUUGAUUCAGCAGCCGCCAGCCUUUCCUUUACUGCCAUUGCGGCGACAUCAUCUACAACCUCGCGACCAAUCGAAGACCCUAAAGCUGUCUGGGACAGAUCGCUAGCCGUUGUCCAAUUGGCUAAUCAGACCGCUGAAAAAUCCUUAAAUGCAACCCUGAUACCUGUGACAACACCUUCAAAUUCCGAUGCCGAGCUCGCUCCACCUCAUCCUUCUCCAAGUUCACUUUCCCCUCAUUCAAUCAGCACCACAAUUACCAAUGCCAAGCUCUCUCCACCUUCUUCUACUCAGCCAAACCCCACCCACCGCAUCAGUGACACCACCAAUCAUCAUCCUCUGCACCCCUUAGAUUGUUUCUCACCCCCAGAAUCCCGAAUAGCCCCAGAAUAUUCACAAGCCACUCUAGAUUACUACAAUGACAUCCAAGAGUACCUCCAGCAGGCCAAUGCAGAUGAGACUGAAACAAAGAAGAAGAAAAAGAAAAAGAAAAAGAAAAAGGCCAACCCAACUUCAACUCCCAACAAUCCGAUCUUAUUUUAUGUUUGAUAUCUUCACCUUCCUUUUGAGUUCAUUCACCAUCUAUUCUUUUCUUUUCUUUCCCCUCUACUCCCUACAUUAAAAUCUCACCUCCCCCUCCCUUUUUUUUCCUUGGCCCAAUCAUAAUCCUAUGUUUCCUCUCUCUCUUGACUUCUCCUAGAUUUCCUCCUCAAAUCAGCCACCACUCACAAAUUCUUCCCCACAAUUUCAGACCACUUUCUAUUUGUUUUCUUCUUUCUCAUUUUUACUGUCCCAAUUAUUGUUAAAUUUUCUCCCUUCUUCAUUUUCUUUUAUAGGAGGGGAGACUGUAAGCCCUGCUCCUCACAGGCUUACACAAACCUGUCACAAGCUUACAUAAGCCUAUCCCGGGUUAUAUUUAGUCUCACUCUUCCCCUUAAUUACCUAGACAGCAGAGAUCUUUCUCUCCUGUCUAGGUAAGUACCUUAUCUUCUUUCCCUCUCUUCUCAUUUUCUUUCCUCCAUUUCCUCCACUUGUAAAUACUAACUGAGAGAUCUUUCUCUCCUGUCUAGACAUGCAAUAAAUCCACGUUGGUACUAG